CUAUGAUUUAAAAAAAAUAUCAACAAAAAAUAUUUAGCGAUCUUUUGCAAUUACAAAAUGUAAAAAUUUGCCAAAAUUAACCAUAACAACACUGCUUUUGUGUUAACGUUUAUAUUUUUUUGCAAUAUCAAAUUGUCACGAUAGAUUGAGAGCCAUCACAUGUAGAAUAAAAUUAGUGUGUAAUAAUGGAUGCUUCGGCAUCACCACAGGUCGAUGCCGAUUUCGAUAAAGUGUAUGGUUUUUUUCUAAAGAUAGAAAAUUCCACAUUUCCUACCGCAAAACAAAGGAACACAGUUAUCAAAUAUACCAAACUGCCUGAAUUUGAAUUUGAUUCCAAAGUAUCAUGGCCACCAAACAGUUAUAUGUCGCAGCCGCGGUUGCGUCGCGUUGUAACAGUUGAAGAUCCAGAUUUAAAAACAAGUCGAUCACUGAAAACUGAUCUGAUGGCUUCCUCUAAAAUGAUGGCUUCAAAUUUUACUAAAAGGAAAAUUGUUACUAUCACUGAAGAUGAUGAAAAUGAUCUUCAUCCGAAAUUCUCUAAAGAAAGGAGAUCAUCGUCUACAAAAAUAUCAAAUAGAUCAGUUGGUACAGAAUUUAAGGAAGAGAAGCAAUUUUCACAAAGAACCACUUCAAGAUUGACAAGUUCUUCCAAAUAUUCUAAGGAAACUAAAACAAACAAUGUAAAUAACAGAAAAGAUAUAAGUGUUGCAAAAUUGAACUGUAGGGGCAAAUAUUCAAGUACUAAUAAUCAGUCCACACCGGAAAAUACUAGAGCCAAAAAUGUAAAAGGAAAAGAACCCACCUGGAAAUCAAGGACCGCGUUUACGUCAUCCAAAGUUAGUCUAAGUAAAAAUAUAAUUACACCAAGUGAAAGUGAAAGGGAAGUAUGUUUAUUAAAAAGCAAGUUGCUGGAGAAUUUAAAAAGUAACAUGUCUACUAAACCUGUUGAAAGGACGCAAAUAAAUAAAUCUCCACCACCGUCACAAAAUAGAAGAAAAAAUCCUGUUCUAAAGGAGAUUAAAAAUAGAAAUAAGGCAGUUACUGUAAUACACGUACCAUUAGAUGAAAAAUAUCGUAAACGUGAUCGUGUGGAAACAUCCGAAACCAUAAUACACUCAACAUCUGACAAUAUAAGGCAAAUAGAUUGUAGCACAGAAAUAGACAAAAUAAUUUGUUCCAAAGAUGUUAACAUUGGAACGGAUCCAUUGCUAACAACAGUCGAUCAAACGACUGAAAUCGAAUCUCAUGAUUUUAAAAUGAUAAAUAAAUUAAUUGAAAGUGAUAAUUUCCAAGAAGAAACAAAAGUGUUUGAUAGUCUUGAAGUACCAAAUGUUACCCUUACAAAAGAGAAAAGCGAAUCCAAAGAGAUAGUUAAGCUUUAUAAUAGUAAAUCCCUGCCAAAUCUUCAAGUGCCCUCUCUAAAAAUAACUCCCAAUAAAGAUGAAAAUAAUGAGUCAAAUUUCUAUAAAAGUUCUUCCUAUAUAAUUAGUCGCGCGACAGUAACGUGUACAACAAGACAAAAAAUUAAUUUUCAUGUAGUCAGUAGUAGUAGUGAUACAUCUAAUUUGUCACCGAGUCCAAUACCAUUAGCCUAUCCUAUGAAUGUUGUGUCAGUUUACAAAAAACAAAUGAGAAAAAGAGAAUUAAAAGAUAUACUGCAGGACGACACCUACAAAAAAAAAGAUAAAACAGACAUCGAAUACACUGACUGUAUAAAUGAGUUAAAAUCACUUAAUUGUUCAUACGUUUUUAAUAACAGUAAAUUAGUAAAACCGUCGGAUAUAAUCAGCACAAUAAGAGUUAAUAACGGUUUAUUACAAAGUGACUAUAUUUGUGAACAGUUUCAAAGGGAGCUUAAUUUUAUAGAUUCGUUUUUUGAAUCACUCCAAUAUUUGGAAUCUUGUUCGCUAUCCAAUAAAUGUUUGUCAGAAAAUAAAGUUGAAAGUUGGGUGAAAAAUAGUGGAUUCGAUGUACGAAGUCCUGACUACAGUUCCUUUUUAUCGAAACUUGAAAAUGGAAACAAUGUUGAUGAAACAAUGGCAUCCAAGAGUCUUUGUUUGCUCAACUUGCUCAUUCGUGAUGAACAAAGACGAGCGAAGAAUCUACUUUUUGUACUUAAAAUGCGAGAAGAUGCCCUAAAGGACUACACUAAAUCACAAAUACUUUGGUUAGAAGAUAAGAAGAAACAGGAUAAUACUGAUAUAUCUACGUUGAAGAAGAAACAAAGAGGUGCACUUUUAAAACUACAGCACGAAUGUGGGGAAAUGCAACGCAUGCGUAAAGCGCUAGUCGCACUUACAGAAAAACGUAAAGUGGCACUUAUGAAAACAAAGAAGAAUAUAGAACUGAAAUUGAGUAGUAGUGUUGACGUAGAUCAAAUACUAUUAGGAAAAAAGAAAUUAAAAAGGAAUACGGGAUCUGACCGCAAUAUAGCACCUGUUAAAUGUUUUGAUUUAUCGAGUAGUGGAUGUGAAGACACUACGACAUCCCGGCCCAAGGCUGAAACACCUCUACCGGUUCCUGAGUCGGUUACUAUGGUGGCAAACGUCACGAGUGCAGAAAAAAGCAUCCAAACUGGUGAUAGUAUUUUAGCUACAACUCCAGUUGAUCAAUCUACUGAAACCGCAGCAGAGAAUUUCGUAGUUGUCGAUGGAAGCUACCUUAAUAUUCUAUUCCAUAAUUUAUCAUUACCACAAAUCUUUAGUUAUGGAAAACAGUAUGAAGUUAAUGAAGAAGCAUUGAAGAAUGUAGUCAACUCAACAAAUACCAAUCAGAGUAAUUUAAAUGAGACAGAUGUUGAAAAGUUUAUAGAUCAGAUAAAAAAUCCAGAUUUGGAAAGCAGUACACCAUCAACUGCGCGAAGUCUAGUAGAAGAAUUUGAUCAAUACUACAAAGGUCUAACAGAAGGAGAGAAGUCACCGUUAGAUCUUUCUGAGCAGGAUUAUAAUUCUAGUGUAAUGUAUGAAUUAAAAGAUAGUUUACUUCAAGUGACUGACUUAAAUUUAAAUCAAUCUGAGAAUCAUAAUUGUCAGAGUGCUUCUACAAUGACUGGUGAUAGUAACGAGACUGUGCGAAACACUAAUAUUGCGGUUUCAACUGAUAAGUCAUGUGCAUGCGAGAGUUCCGUAUCACCUGUAGAAGCGAACGCUGUAAUGACAAAUCAGACUGGACCGUUGCCGGUGCCAGCAGGUGCCGCUGCUUCGAUGGACUCUCAGCCUGCAGACAUGUCGUUGUGGUUGAUCUCCAAAUCAUCUACAUCAUCUGUCACAACAGAGAGUAGCAGCAUCAGUAAUCAACCGCCGUGCGCCAGCGUGUCAUCCGUCGCAUCUCUCACAUCGCCAGUUCACCAUGAAGCUGAAGAACUGCGCCGGCAACAAUUAGCUAUCGAGAGAGAGAUAAAAGCUUUAGAGCAGCAGCAGUGCCAACUUCUAGUUGUACGGGAGAUACCGGACAAACCACCGCCACCGUAUACUCCACCCACCGAGUCACGAAUGACUAAAAUACCAAGAAUGUUCGUAGCUGAUGAUACCACCGCACACCGUAUACAGAAAUACCUCACAAGCUUAGACACUGGGCCCCAAGAUACAACAGAUGCAUUUGAUGUGUUCGUUCAUGACUUCUGUUAUGAAACACUGCAUCGACAGAAAUUGGAGCAAAGCGACAAACCCUGGGAUUCGUGCAAUUUAUUACCCCAAAAACCACAAGCAGACACAGAAAAAUUAGUAAAGAAAACCUCAUUAGAUUUAGUAGAAGUUUUGACUGGUGUAACGCCGGCAGUUGUUUCUGGCGUGGCGUCCCGUCGUUCAGAUCACAUCGACGACAUACUAUUCGCAGAGUGGCGUCGCUGCGAGCCUGAGUGGACCGCGCUCCACGUUGACGAAGCUAUCGUGAAGAACCAACUCUUUGAAAGCAUCUUCCAGAAGAUACUUAACGAGACCAUAGACGAAUACAAGAGAACUGUCCAGUGUAACAAGUGAAGUGACAAACAGUUGUGUUGUUAAGGUUUGCUUUGGAAAAUAAUGUAAAAAAUUGCUGUGCUAUAUACUUAAUAAAUUAUACUAUUUAAUAUUUUAAUCUUA